AUCAGUGUAAUGAUAAGUUUUGACUAAAACUUGAUUUGGUCUAUUGUUUAAAUCGUCACCUAGUCCUAUAGAAUGAUGCUUGAUGAUCACUGGCAAAGAACUUGAAAGCACAAUGAUGGAUGCAUCCUUUUUGGAAACGAUUUAGUUAACACACCCUUAGAUAAUCGCACUUUUUAAAAGAACUUGUGGAACCAGAGAUACACAGAUAUAACAUAUUGCCACAUUUGUCAAAAGAAUAAUGGUUAAAUUCUGUGACAAAUGUGAUUAUACGUGCAAGAGUCUUACACACAUGAGUCGGCAUAAGAUGACACAUACAGGCGAAAGACCGUUUUCUUGCAAAAAAUGCAAUUAUGUUUGCAUCCGUCCUGAUCAGCUCGAAACGCAUGUAAGGACCCACACAGGAAAGAGGCCUUAUCCAUGUAAGGAAUGCGACUUUGCCUUCCGCACCUCUGGACAGUUGAAAAGGCAUUCGUUUUCACACACCAACGUUAAGCCGUAUUCGUGUCGCAUCUGUACCUUCAAGUGUUCUAGAGCCGACGUCCUCAAUUAUCAUAUAAUGAAACACAAAGGGGAAAAACCGUUUCAUUGCCAACUCUGUGGGCAGUCAUUCUACUUACAAUCGCAUCUAAAGAAACACAACAUUAUACACAAUAAAGAAAGGCCUUUUGAAUGCGUCGAAUGCGGCUAUACCUCUUACACAAGAUUUUCGUUAAAGCGUCAUAUAAUAAUUCAUUCUGGCCAAAGGCCUUAUGUAUGCGAUAUUUGUGAAUUUUCGUGCAAUCAGAAGGGUAAUUUGAAGCGACAUUUAACAAUACAUAGCAACAAAAAACAAUUCACAUGUCACUACUGUGGUCAUAAAUGCCGCCUUAAAGAUAUACUCAAAAAACAUAUUAAAGUACACAAUAAAAUAUGAACAUUUAAUAUAUGUAUCAAGCACUUCAUUAUGAUGUACUUUUACAAUGUAAAAUUUA